ACCCACCCACGCACAAAAAAGAGGUUUCAUCUCUUCAAGCAGGCCGAGCCACAGGUUCCUCCGCACCCUCGGCCUUCCCUCCCCUCACCAGUUUCCAGCCGCGAGCGAACCCGACGCGAGUGCGGUGCCAGGGAGAGAGAAGAGGGGACUAGCACCAUGGCCGCCAGGCUGCUGCUCCUCUCCUUCGAUUGCCCGGCCGUCGCUGGCGGGCGGCGGUCUCGUCUGUCUGCAGUGCCACGGAUGUCUUCCGGUGCACCCCUCGUGCGGCCCCCAGCCUCAUCCGUCCGCGCGUUCGCGGUCACCGCCGCUAGAGGCAAGCUGCCGCACCGCACCUCCGUGGCUGUGGAGGGUGGUGGAGUUUACACUGUUGGUGACUUUAUGACUAAAAGGGAACAACUCCAUGUUGUGAAACCAUCCACUUCAGUAGAUGAAGCUCUUGAGAGGCUGGUGGAGCAUCGAAUAACUGGCUUUCCUGUUACCGAUGAUCACUGGAAUUUGGUUGGUGUGGUCUCAGAUUAUGAUCUGUUAGCACUGGACUCGAUAUCAGGAAAUGGACAGACUGAAGCUGACAUAUUUCCUGAGGUGGACAGCACUUGGAAGACUUUCCAUCACAUACAAAAGCUCUUAAGCAAAACCAAUGGGAAAGUAGUUAGUGAUGUUAUGACUUCUGCACCUCUUGUGGUGCGUGAAACUACUAACCUUGAAGAUGCUGCAAGGUUACUUCUUGUUAGUAAAUACCGCAGGCUGCCAGUAGUCGACAGUUCGGGCAAAUUGGUUGGAAUCAUCACAAGAGGGAACGUCGUCAGAGCUGCUCUUGAGUUUAAGAAAAAUGUUGAAGGGAGUCUUUGAAGUGGAACUGUAGAUGAUCCUUUCCGAAGGUGAAACUUGAACAUAUUGCUAGUAGGCUAGUUUAAUUGCAGUUGGGAUACAUGUACUGUCACAGCCCUAGAAUUAUUUUAGCUCCAAUAAUUAUUUUGGUUUGAUUA